ACAUUCACUCUUUCUCACAAAGAGUCAAACUUCCUCUAGAUUCUUGCAAAACAAAUGGUUCUAACUUUGCCAUCUCACCAUUUUCCCUUAAUUUAUUUUUCUUCUUUUCAAAAUUAUUCCCUCCUCAUAAAAACCUAAAUAAAUACUAGUAGUUAGUAUAUUCUUCAAUUUACACACAAAAAUAUCCCAUUUUUAAUUUAUGUAUAUUUGAUCCAUUCUUGAUUCUUUUUUGCAAGUUGUGAAGAUGGCUCAAUUAUUGUCACCUGUUUGUACUGAUUCACUUAAAUUACAAAACCCAAUUCACUGUUUCAAUUCAAGAAGUAAAUUUCCUGUUUUGGGUAAUAGUAAUUUUAGUUAUAAUAAUCAGAAUUGGAGUUCAAUGGGAAGAAAGAGAGGAGGAUUAGGGAGAAUUAAAGUUACUUAUCAAGAUUCUGCUGCUGCAUCUGAGGAUAUUGUUGAUGAUUUUUAUGCUGUAUUGGGUUUGCUUCCUGAUGCUACGCCUGCUCAAAUAAAGAAGGCAUACUAUAAUUGCAUGAAAUCUUGCCAUCCAGACUUGAGUGGUGAUGAUCCCGAGACCACAAAUUUUUGCAUGUUUAUCAAUGAGGUCUAUGAGAUUCUCAGUGAUCCAGUGCAAAGGAGAGUUUAUGAUGAGAUCCAUGGGUACGCAGCCACAGCAAUCAACCCUUUCCUGAGCGAUUCAUCAGCAAAAGAUCAUGUAUUUGUUGACGAGUUUAGCUGCAUAGGCUGCAAAAGUUGUGCCAAUAUUUGCUCAAAAGUGUUUGGCAUUGAGGAAGACUAUGGAAGAGCUAGAGUUUAUGAUCAAUGUGGAAACCCUGACUUAAUUCAACAAGCUAUAGAAAGCUGCCCAGUGGAUUGCAUACAUUGGACUUCUGCUGCACAGCUGUCUUUGCUAGAGGAUGAAAUGCGAAGAAUAGAAAGAGUAAAUGUUGCCUUCAUGCUUUCAGGAAUGGGCGGUGGAUCAGUGGAUGUUUUCAGAAUGGCAAGCACCCGGUGGGAGAAACGACAAUCUAAAGUCUUGGAACAAGCUAAAAUCAGAAUGAUGAAGAAGAAAGGUUCUGAGAAAACUGAAUCAUACUGGGAUAACCUAUGGGGCGAUCGUAAAGACUACACAAAGACAGAGGAGGAAGUUGAAGAAAGAUCAAAACGAGCUGCAUCAGCUGCUCGUCGAUGGAGAGAGUACUCAAGGAGAGGCGCUGACAAACCUCCCACCUUUAAACUUCCCGAGGCCAUCUCUAAUGACAAUUGACAUAUACUUCCUAACCGACUUGCAGUACACGGUACAUGCAUCUCACCUUUGUAAAAUAUGAUAUAUUUUGAUAUAGUCUAUUCAUGAUAGCCGCGAUGCCUCCCACUAUCAAUGUAAUUAUAUAGCUAAAUUGACCUCGGUACAUAUAUCUGUAAGUAAGAUUAUUCAUAAUUCAAUAAAAUGGAGAAUAUUCAACCUGCG